AUGCAGGAACGGAAUAGGGAGAGCGCAAAGGAGCAGUCAGCUGGCGAACCAGCACAGCAGGUGGACAUGUGGGCGUCACUGAUGGGAUCCAGCCCGAUUCUUAAACUCGAAAAAUUGAACAACGUCAUGAUGGAGGUUCCUCCUUGCGUCGGCUCGCUAGGAAUUGAGCGUUGGUACGGACAGGACGCGCGCUACUCGAAGGACGCUAGUGCAGGCGUCGGUGCGAACGAAGAGCAGGCGCCCGACACAAGCCGAGACUGCUCGUUUGAUGAGACACUUUCCGUGUCCAGUAGCUCGACAAGCGCAGUGACAGGCGCACCCACUCUGAAUACUGAUAACAGAGUAGACGCACCGUUUGUCCCUGGAACAACGGCAGGCACGAGCGCGCUCCGGUUUGUGUGCCCGCGUUGCGAGCGCUCUUUCUCGUCCGCAUCACACUUGCGUCGGCACACUCGCGACGUACACCAGAACGUGAGAAAGCACGGCUGUGAUUUGUGCGGCAUGGCCUUCAAACGACGACAACACUUGACUUCGCACUAUGAGGCGUGUGCCCGCCGGUUGAGGUAUCCGAUGCGGCCGGAUCAAAAUGCAUGUUUGGUAGGGACACACCCGUCGCAUGCACCGGCUGGGGUCAUACAGGAGCAUGGGCCCCAGCAUGACGUCGCUUGCAGGACAUCUGAUGUGAUGUUGACUGAUGCGGAACGGUUCCUACCGCCGCUGAAUCCAGUUGACAGUGCCCAUCGACGAUGUGUUCGAGGGCCAGCGGCAGCCGCUGCCGCCCCUGUGGCCUCGGAACGUCGCAGCCGUUUGCAGAAACGCGAGAAGGCGCAUAGUUGUAGUGAUCUGCUGCUACUCGAUCAGGCGGAGCGCAAUGCCGCGAAACUGUAUGCGGAGUCCCGACCCCCUGCGGAUUGGUUCUCAGAACUUCAUAGUUCAUCGCUGGCCUCGAGCGCGGCCUCAAAUGAAACCGUUCUGAUGGGUGAAGUCGAGUGUACCGGCGGCAAACGCGGUAAGGGACUAGAAUCUUGCUACGGCGUGCCGGGCUCCACCCUCGAGGAUCGGCUAAGCUUCUUUACGAAUAAUUCUUCCGGGACAGGCUCGUAUCCAGACUGGCUGGCAGGAUUCCGAGAUGCCUCCAGUGAGGUAAUGCGCGCUCGCAGUGCCUCGGAUCCGAGCACCUGCAUGCCGCCUCAGGAUGCCCGUCGAGCAGUGACGCUGUCGCAGGCAGCACCUCAUGCACAAGGCGCUGCUCUCGACACUACACUUCGAGCAUCAAGGUCAGAUUCCCGAGAAUCCGCUGAUCCGGAAAUGUUGCGGAUCCUGGAUUCUUAUGCCCGAUAUGUUUGUAUAUCGAAACUUUUUGAAGAUACCGUGACCAAGUUGCGUGGCACUGAUACCGGAUCGGACGCAAAGUCGACAGCGGCGGCAUCAUCUGCAGCGAAGAUGCAGCCUCCGAUGCUGGAUGAGCUGUACGCUAUCAUCUCGGAGGGUUCGCAUCUGGCCCCUGAUUCGGCAAGUUGUCCACAUCAUCAGAGCAUGCCCGUGAGCUCGACCGCACCAACUGGUGCCACCACCAAUGCGGCAGCUCCAAAACGGGGCGAAUCGCUUCAUGCUGACGCUUUAAUGGCACCUGCACCACUCCCCACCAACCUCUACACCCAUAUUCCAUCGGACACCUGUGGUGAUGAGCGCUGCUGGCGAGAUGAAUCGAUGCGAUUUCAUGUUGGUGAACGCUCAGGGCGCUCGAGACCUUAUCGUGAAUGCCCCCAGGGCGUAUCGGCAAUGAACAGUGCGGGCUCAAGUGGUCGCAGCAGAGCGCCUUCUGCCAUGAAGAAUCGAGGGCCACCCCAGACUGGAGCAUCUGGAGACGAAUCCGGGUCCGGAGGGCUUUGA